CAUGCCAGGUGCGAUCUUGGCGGCCUAACGAACACUCGAAAUUGAAAAAAAAUGCCAUUUUCAAUUUCGCGCUCUCGCAUUUUUUACUUUUCAGUUCGCGCUAGUUUUUUGACCGUAAAAAAGUGCGUGUUUCGUUGUCAUGUGAAUUGUGUAUACUAACGAGUCUGUAAUUUCGAAUGGAUAUUGUCUCUAACUUUGCUAAUUGUGGUAUAUAUGGCAGUCGCCAAAGGUAAAGUACGUGAAUAUUCGGUUAAGAUGUCCGAUUUAGAUCAAGAAAAUCCAGACGGUUCUCCAAGACCAAAGAGGUCCAGAUUAACUAGAUCACAACCAUUUCAAGUAUUGUCUCUUCCUACGGUCUCAAACAGACAAAGAAACUCCAGAGUAGCUGUUUCCCAAUCGCCGAACGUAAUCGUAGAGCUUGAGCCAUUGCAUUAUGAAUCUGAAAACAGCAUCGCUGGUGUUAUUAAGAAAUUGGAACUUACCAACUUCAUGUGCCAUGGAAAUUUCGAUAUCGAAUUCAAUCCUAGGAUUAACUUUAUAUCGGGAGCUAAUGGCAGCGGUAAAAGCGCUAUACAGACUGCUAUAGCUAUAGGACUCGGCGGAACCGCUUCAAAGACUAAUCGCAGUUCUAAAAUCGAAGGACUGAUCAAACACGGUUGUCACGCUGGUAGCAUAGCGAUCACGUUGAGCAAUACGGGAUCAAACGCUUUUAGACAGGAUAUUUAUGGAAAUCAGAUUAAAAUUGUUCGUCGUAUCACUCCUUCAUCAUCCACUUAUCAUAUAUACAAUCAAUGGGGCAAAUCAAUAAGCAGUAAAAAAGCUGAUUUGGAUGCGAUAACAACGAAAUUCAAAAUACAACCUAAUAACCCUAUCAGUAUUUUGAACCAAGAUAUGGCCAGAAAUUUCCUCAGCUCAAACAAAGCGGAAAACAAAUACUUGAUGUUCAAAAAGGCGACGUGUUUGGAUGAAGCCGAAGCUAUGCUGGCUAAUAUCCUCGCUAAAGUAGCCGACCAUAGAAUGCUCAUCUUGGAGAAAGAGAAGACGGAAGAGAUCGUUGAUAAAGAGAUCGACGGAAUGAAUGAAAAAAUGAAAUUAGUCGACGAACUCAAAGAAAAGAAAAAACGAAAAUUUCAACUGGAAAACGAAUAUAUGUGGUGUGAGGUGCACAAACAUCGUGAAGAACUGAUCCGAUUGGAAGACAUUUGCGAAGAGCAAGAAAAUGCUAAAAAAGAAUUACUGGAGCAAGUCGAAGAAAUCAAGAGCGGAAUAACUGAGAGAGAGAAUAAAAUAGAGGAAUUACAGCAGAAUCUCGCUACUUUAGAGAACGAAACUCGUAGCAAGGAGGAAACCGUGCAGAAGUAUCGAAAGGAGUUCAGAGAUAAAAGGAACAAGUGUCUUGAAAAAGCCGAAGAAUGUAAAAGGAUUGCGGAGACGAUCAAAAAUAAACAUAGCGAUAAGGAGCAGCUUCAGGCAUCUCUGGAUGAUGUGGAAAGGGAGGAAAACGAGAACAAGGCUAGAAAAGAGGAAGCGCAAGAAAAAAUAGCGCGCUUUCAAAACAGCCUGAAAGAAAACGAAAGUAAAGUGCGAGUUUUGCAGCAAGAAAUUGACAGGUUGAACCAAACUAAGGACGAACUGAAGCAAAUGAAAGAUAACAAAGAACGCCAGCUUGAGGAAUUAAAUCAAGAAAUAAGAGCCAACGAAAGACAGAUGGGCUCGUUGAAAAAUGCUGAUAAUUUAUCCGUCUAUGAUACGUGGAUGCCUACUCUCGUUCAACGAAUCGAAGAAGCUGUUCAAAGAGGAAAAUUUUCAAAGCCUCCGAAAGGCCCUCUGGGUCGUUACAUUCAAGUGAGACAUGAUCAAUGGACGAACGCGAUCGAAAGUCAUUUAAGUACCGGUUGGCUCACUUCAUUCUUCGUUAACAACAAAGAUGAUAGAAUUGAAUUAUACAAGAUAAUGGACCAGGUUGUCAAAGGAAGAAAACCGACGGUUCAUUGCAGUCAGUUUCAAGAAAGGGAUCGUAAUAAUAUGUUGCCUCAAAUAGAGGUCAGGUACGGCUCGUACCUCAAUAUGUACAGAGCAUUAAAAAUAAGCGACCCGGUAGUUGCCAAUUUCCUGAUGGAUAGCAAGAAUAUCCAUCAAGUAUUGCUCAUCGAAGAUACCAAAAUAUGUCGUCAACUUAUGUCGGACCCAAAAUGGGUAAAGAAUUGCUCAACAAUUAUUAAUCAGAACGCAGACUCGUACAAUCAAGGAUGCAGAUACUACGCUAAUAUGCGUCCAACACGAGCACGUCUGCUGCAGAAAAGCGUCGCACAUCACUUACAAUCUCUGAAAGAAGAAAUCGAAGAGAAGAAACACGCUAUGGUCACAGCGCGGAAAGAUUUCACUUCGCUUAACGAAAAGUUCACCAACGCUACUCGUAAAAUAGAGCAUCUUCAUUCUGAAAGUGAAAAAUGUCGAAACAAAAAUUUGAUGGCAGCCAGAGCUGUUUCCGAAUUGAAACGUGUGAUCAACGCCGAAAUGCCUUCACUUCAAACGCGAGUCGAAGAAUUCACUAGUUUGGAAAAAGAAAUCGCUGAAUUGGAAGAGAAAAAAGAGAGAGCGACGGAAGAACAUAAAGAACUUCAUGAAGCCAUGACUCAGGCUAAAAAAUACUUAGAUAAGUGUGGCAUUGGAGAUACCGGUUUACAGCAGGGUCAACUCAAAGAAGAAAUAGGAAAACUGCAGAAAGAAAUCGACGCGCAGACGAGACGUAUACAAAAUUACGAGAAAAAAAUCGAAGAAUUGAAUACAAAGAUGGCUGUCGUGCAGAAGAAAACCGAAGAUUGUCGAAAAAGAACCGAAGAGAAAUGCAGUCAAGUUAGCACGUACUCGCAGUCUCAAGAACCAGCCGAAAACGAAAGAAGGACUAUGGCAGAAGUGAAGCACGAGAUUGAUCAAAUCGACUAUUUCAUUGAAGAAGUCGAAAAGAAAGUGGGAAAUGAAGUUAUAAGUUUCGAGAAAGAAUUAUUGCAGAAAAGUGCGAAUCAAAAAAAAUUCAAGAAAAUGUUCCGAGAGUUGAAAAGAAUGCACGAAAAAUAUAGAGAGAUGAGCAAGGACCGCAAAGGUACGAUCGAAGGUGUACGUCAUAUAAGCGCCACAGUAGUAAUGACCCAAUUCGAAAAUGUCAUCCAAAGCAGACACUAUAGGGGGUACUUGGAUUUUGAUCAUCCUAGAGGUCGACUCGAAAUCCAACUCGCUCCGCCCGACUCGGGUUCUUCGUUUAUGAACAGCGAGUCUCUUUCCGGUGGUGAAAAGUCAGUCUCAACUGUCGCAUUCUUGAUGGCAUUGUGGUCCAAUAUGGAUCUUCCUUUCUACUCUAUGGACGAAUACGACGUCUUUAUGGAUGCCAUCAAUAGAAGAACGAUUACUAAAUUAUUGACUGAUUUUGCCCAAGACAAGAGUUCUCGUCAGUUCAUUUUCCUAACCCCGUUAGAUGUAUCGUUGAUUCAAACAGGCCCUAAUGUCACUGUCCACAGGGUGAAUAAAGUCGUGUAACCGAAUUCUUUCGUUAAGUUCCACUAUAUGAUUACCAUUAAACUUACUGAUUUUUUUCUGUUUAUGGUAUGGAUUUUUUUAUUUUUUUAUGCAUUAAGAAUGAAUUUCGUGUGUUUUCUUGUUACGUAUGUAAGAAUAUAUCGUUUCUUUUUA